UUAAGAGAGAGUGAUCCCAGAGAGGAAGAGUUUUCCACUGCGUACGUGCGGGUGAGAGGAGCAGCGGAAAGAGCGGCGGCAGGAUGACCCCGAUAGGGCGAGCAGUUUGCCAGCCGGCUCAUCAACGCGACGCACCGCAGACACCGGGAAGCAUGAAAGGAAAAGCACUCACCGUGCUGGGACCCGUGGAACCAUCGGUGCUGGGCCCGGUGCUGACACAUGAACAUCUAUCGGAUACCCUCGACAAUCGAGUGUUCCUCAGUGGCCCGUCUGAGCUGCACCAUGCCGAAAUGAGCAGCUGCUCGGUGACCAUAGAGAAUCUUUGGUGGAUACGGCAGUUUCCGUACAAUCACCCGGAGAACCUGCGUUUUCACGGAGCUGACAUAGACGAGGCCAUUCUCGCGGAGAUGCAUUUCCUGCGAUCCAAUGGUGGAGGAGCCUUGGUAGAAAAUACUUGUCGCGGCAUGGGACGCAAUCUACCACUUAUGCGCCGUGUGGCAAGGGAAACGGGCCUUCACAUAAUCGCUGGCACGGGCUACUACGUAUCGGCCAACUAUGACAGCUCCGUGCUGAAAAAGAGCGUGGAAGACCUUGAGCGGGAGUUCAUCACCGACAUCACCGAGGGCGCGGAUGGGACAGACUCCCGGUGCGGUGUGCUCGGCGAGCUCGGCUGCACCUGGCCCCUGCACGAGUUCGAAGUUCGUGUGCUGCGCGCCGCCGCGUCGGUGCAGAAGUCUACUGGCUGUCCGGUCAUCAUCCACCCUGGACGGAAUCCUCAGGCGCCAGCCGAGAUCAUGAGAAUUUUCGCCGAGGCCGGGGGAAAGCUGCGCCACACUGUCAUGUCCCACCUGGAAAGGACAAUCUUGGACGCCGAUGCUCUGGUCGAAUUUGCGCAGUCGUAUGGCUGCUACUGCGAGCAUGACUUGUUCGGCUUGGAGACGUCGCACUACCAGCCAGCGCCUUCCUUCAGCAUGCCUAGCGACGCUCAGAGGCUGGUGCAGCUUAAACGGCUCGUGGACGAGGGCUUCGCCGAUCGAAUUGUGGUCAGCCACGACAUUCAUACAAAGCAUCGUCUGAUGAAAUACGGCGGCCAUGGCUACUCCCACAUCUUGCUUAACGUGGUGCCAGCCAUGCUUCGACGAGGUUUCUCGGCCGACGUUGUGCGUGCCAUCACGCAGACCAACCCGCAGACCUGGCUCACUUUCUGGUGACACAAAACGUUUCAUUUGUCAUCACGAGAGGCUGUGCAAACGAGAGAACUUGUUUAAUUUUUUCAGGUCCUUAUGGCUCAAAAUAAACGUCAUUUCCUCGUG